AUGUUCCGGAGGCUGUACUCGUCCCUCCCCAUCGCCGAGGCCGUCAAGCCGCGCGCGCCGGCGCGUGGCCGGUCCCCGCGUCCCGUGCGCCUUACGAAGCGCAUCCCCAUUGUUGCGCCGACAACGCCUGCCGCACCCGUCGCCACCCAUGGCCGCCGCCUGCGGCGCGGACAGCUUGCGCGCACCGACCUCGUCUCGACCCAGCCAGGUCCCCACGCCUACACCGACUUUGAGCCGAUCACGCUCUUCCCCCUCCAGGCUGGCUUGCACCUGGGCCUGACGCCCGCGCACAUGCCCCUCCCCCUCCCUCUCGGCACGGCGGGCUACACCUCUCCCUCCAACCGCGAGGAGGCGUUGUUCGAAAAACCCGCACCGCCCAGUGUCUCCUCAGCACUCGAGGGUUCGUCCGCCAUGACUGGUGUUGGGGAACACCUGCGCGUGUCGCGCGCGUUCGCCCACCCAGCUCUGCGGCACCAUCUCCCCCAAUCUGUCUCUGGGGGUUCGCUUUCAAUCUCUGGUCUGGGCUUUGACGACGUCACCUCCACCAUCGACGCCGCUGCUGGAAAGCACGCGCGUGUCGCCGAGGAGGCUUGGGACGCCACUCUCGCCAGGCUCGGCCAGCGCCCUGCGCUAGUCGAGGCUGACCCCAAGAUCGCCGACGCGCUUGCUGGCCUUAACAACCUCCUCGCUCGCCUCGAGGCCAGCUCGGAUGCGUCCGACAUUGUCGUCGAGAUGGACAGCGUCAAGCGCAAGCGCAAAAAGAAGAUGAACAAGCACAAGUACAAGAAGCGCAGAAAGGAGACGCGUGCCAUCCGUAAGCGUCUCGGCAAGUAG